AUGACAUCAACAUCCAAAGGAAUUCUCCGCCCAUUUUUAAUCGUCUGCAUUAUCCUGGGCUGCUUCAUGGCAUGUCUGCUCAUUUACAUCAAGCCCACCAACAGCUGGAUCUUCAGUCCAAUGGAGUCAGCCAGCUCAGUGCUGAAAAUGAAAAACUUCUUCUCCACCAAAACUGAUUAUUUUAAUGAAACUACUAUCCUGAUUUGGGUGUGGCCAUUUGGGCAGACCUUUGACCUUACAUCUUGCCAAGCAAUGUUCAACAUCCAAGGAUGCCAUCUCACAACAGACCGUUCUCUAUACAACAAAUCUCAUGCAGUUCUGAUCCACCACCGAGACAUCAGUUGGGAUCUGACUAACUUACCACAGCAGGCUAGGCCACCCUUCCAGAAAUGGAUUUGGAUGAAUUUGGAAUCACCAACUCACACGCCCCAAAAGAGUGGCAUCGAACACCUGUUCAACUUGACUCUGACUUACCGCCGUGACUCAGAUAUCCAAGUGCCUUACGGCUUCUUGACGGUGAGCACAAACCCCUUCGUGUUUGAAGUGCCAAGCAAAGAGAAGUUAGUGUGCUGGGUUGUAAGUAACUGGAACCCUGAGCAUGCAAGGGUCAAGUAUUACAAUGAGCUAAGCAAAAGCAUUGAAAUCCAUACCUAUGGGCAAGCAUUUGGAGAGUAUGUGAAUGAUAAAAAUUUGAUUCCUACCAUAUCUACUUGCAAAUUUUAUCUUUCUUUUGAAAACUCAAUCCACAAAGAUUACAUCACAGAAAAGCUCUACAAUGCUUUUCUAGCUGGCUCUGUACCCGUUGUUCUGGGGCCAUCUAGGGAAAAUUAUGAGAAUUAUAUUCCAGCAGAUUCAUUCAUUCAUGUGGAAGAUUAUAACUCUCCCAGUGAGCUAGCCAAGUAUCUGAAAGAAGUUGACAAAAACAAUAAGUUAUACCUUAGUUACUUUAACUGGAGGAAGGAUUUCACAGUGAAUCUUCCACGAUUUUGGGAAUCACAUGCAUGCUUGGCUUGUGAUCAUGUGAAAAGGCAUCAAGAAUAUAAAUCUGUUGGUAAUUUAGAGAAAUGGUUUUGGAAUUAAA